AUGGCAGAUGCUUUGGAUGCGGCCCUCUCGGGCUUAAAGCUGGCCCUGGCUCAGAUGGUCAGUGAACAAGUGCAGCAGAUGAAGCUGCCGCUGGAAGCACGCAUGUCAGAGUUGGAGAAAGUGAACUUGAUGUUGCGUGAGCAGCUGGAGGAGAUGAGCACUCGCCUUGCAAAUGUCACAGACAUGAGCUCCGUCGCCUCCCCGCCCCUUACGCCCAGCACAGCAGUCCCAGCUGCAAACACAGCCCCACAAUCGCCAAGCCACGGCAAGGAGCGUCCUUCGCUAAUUCAGAUGGAGGAGCGGAAGCAAUGGUAUAUCGGGGCCAUUGUGCACCUGACAAGGCUGGAGAAGCUUCAAGCCCAGGAUACACAGCCAACAACAAUCAGCAUUCCGGAGGGCUGCAGUCAACCGGAAGGGCUUCAUGAUGCUCUGAUUCCAGAGUCAACAGCCAGCACAGCUAUGGAAUGCAAUGCUCCCAAAGAAGAUCUGUGGAGGCAUUACAAGCCCAGAGGUUUCACCGAAGUGAACAAGAGCAUGCGGGCGAAUUCCACGAUUCAUCUCCGCAAGGAGCCCCGCAAGGACGGCCCAUGCAGCGGCUUCAACAUAGAGGCUGGCACAUAUUUCACAGUGGAUGCCAUUGCAUGGGAUGGCAGAGUGCAAAUGUUCCGGGUAUCGUCCAAAGGCUGGGCUCCUGAGCUCACUCAGAAGGGCCAGCCAAUUCUGGAAGAGGUUACCUCGGAGCAGUCCAACUGGAACUGGGCCUGGGGCCAACAGAAGUCCAGGAACACGUAUGGACAAGGAUGGAAGACAUGGAAUGAGCCAUCCAGCAGCCACCAGGAGCAUCGCGGCCGAUCAUGGUAUUGA